GGACGGGAAGCGGGAGCCAUGCAGUCGGAAUCGGGGAUCGUGCCGGAUUUCGAAGUCGGGGAGGAGUUUCACGAAGAGCCCAAAACCUAUUACGAACUCAAAAGUCAACCUCUGAAGAGCAGCAGUUCCGAGGAGCAUCCUGGGGCCUCCAAGCCUCCGAUAAGCUCCUCCAGUAUGACAUCACGCAUCUUGCUACGCCAGCAACUCAUGCGUGAGCAAAUGCAGGAGCAGGAGCGCAGGGAGCAGCAGCAGAAGCUGCAGGCGGCCCAGUUCAUGCAACAGAGAGUGCCAGUGAGUCAGACCCCGGCCAUAAACGUCAGCGUGCCCACCACCACCCUUCCCUCUGCCACCCAGGUGCCGAUGGAAGUCCUCAAGGUGCAGACCCACCUCGAAAACCCCACCAAGUACCACAUACAGCAAGCCCAAAGGCAGCAGGUAAAGCAGUACCUUUCUACCACUUUAGCAAAUAAACAUGCCAACCAAGUCCUGAGCUUGCCAUGUCCAAACCAGCCUGGCGAUCAUGUCAUGCCACCAGUGCCGGGGAGCAGCGCACCCAACAGCCCCAUGGCUAUGCUCACACUUAACUCCAACUGUGAAAAAGAGGGAUUUUAUAAGUUUGAAGAGCAAAACAGGGCGGAAAGCGAAUGCCCAACUAUGAACACACAUUCACGAGCGUCAUGCAUGCAGAUGGAUGAUGUAAUUGAUGACAUCAUUAGCCUAGAAUCAAGUUAUAAUGAAGAAAUCCUGGGCUUGAUGGAUCCUGCUUUGCAGAUGGCAAAUACGUUACCUGUCUCUGGAAAUCUGAUUGAUCUUUAUGGCAACCAAGGACUGCCACCCCCAGGCCUCACCAUCAGCAACUCCUGUCCAGCCAACCUUCCCAACAUAAAAAGGGAGCUCACAGCGUGUAUUUUUCCCACAGAAUCUGAAGCGAGAGCAUUGGCCAAAGAGAGGCAAAAAAAGGACAAUCACAACUUGAUUGAAAGAAGAAGACGAUUUAACAUAAAUGAUCGCAUUAAAGAACUAGGUACUUUGAUUCCCAAGUCCAAUGAUCCAGACAUGCGCUGGAACAAGGGAACCAUUUUGAAAGCCUCUGUGGACUAUAUUCGAAAGUUGCAACGAGAACAGCAACGUGCAAAGGAACUUGAAACCCGACAGAAGAAACUGGAGCAUGCCAACCGGCACCUGUUGCUCAGGAUACAGGAACUUGAAAUGCAGGCUCGAGCUCAUGGACUUUCGCUCAUCCCAUCCACGGGCCUCUGCUCUCCAGAUUUGGUGAAUCGGAUCAUCAAGCAAGAACCCGCUCUUGAGAACUGCAGCCAAGACCUCCUUCAGCACCACGCAGACCUCCCUUGUACGACGACACUCGAUCUCACAGAUGGCACCAUCACCUUCAACAACAACCUUGGAGCCGGGACCGAAAGCAACCAGGCCUAUAGCGUCCCCACAAAAAUGGGAUCCAAACUGGAAGACAUCCUGAUGGAUGACACUCUUUCUCCCGUUGGCGUAACUGACCCACUCCUUUCGUCGGUGUCUCCCGGAGCCUCCAAAGCCAGCAGCCGAAGGAGCAGCAUGAGCAUGGAAGAAACCGAGCAUGCUUGUUAG